AUGGUCCAGUUCACUCCUUUGAUCGUCGCCCUCGGUGCUGCAGCCUAUGGCGCCCUGUCUCUAGCCAGCGCUGCCUACCCCGUCAACGAACACUUCGCCCGUCAGUUGAGCACAGGGGACCUUCCCUCGCAGUGCCAGUCUCCUUGUGGUGUCAUUAACUCUAUCACCACGUGCUUGAACUGCCUCGCUUCUGCCGACCCUACCGUUGCGGAGGAGGCCUCCUCGGCCAUCGAUACCUUCAACCAGGGUUGCGCUGGCCAGGGUGCAGGCUCCCUCACAGCUCCUGCCGGUGGUAGCUCACCCACUAGCACUGCUCCGAGCUCGGGCAGCUCUAGCGGCUCCAGCUCUGGUGGCUCCAGCUCCUCUGGCGAUUCGUCGGGCAGCUCUGGCUCUGGCUCUAGCAGCAACCCCCUCGGUGGCAAAACCGGCGGCGCUUCUGGCCUUGUAGCGACCUCUGGUCUCGCCGUUGUUGUGGCCGUCGCCGUUGUUCGUGUCUCAGAUCGUGUACUCAGACACACCGCCAUGAGCGGCAUCUUGGAGCAAGCGUACGAGCGUGAGCUCCGGACACUGUUCUCUGCAGACCAAGUUCAGCUGUACGAAAAACUUCCCGGCGCCUUCGAAAAGGUCUCAAAGCUUCAGAUAGAUAACCCUUAUGUUUGCGCUUUUGUCCGUGUGCUUUCGGAGAUAAUUGAGUCAGAUUGGAUAUGGGACUACGACGAGGAUUCCAGCAACCGCUGGAGAACGUGGAGUUACUUCACCAGCAGCUGCGUCGAUAAUGGGCUGCCUGCCGUCUUACUCGGACUGAUAACUGUACCUUGGAGAAAAUCUUCGAGCGUGCUGUCCCAACAGCAGGUCAACGGCUACAUGACGCAGUGGCGUGCUUGGCGGUCUUUGUCUCAUUUGUUUCAUAACGGGAACAAAGGAGCGCUGGGGAUCUUGCUCGGUGGAUUAAAUUCAUCAAAGGUGUUAGAUAUCUGCACGAAAGUGAGGAACAAAUUAUUUGUAAAUAUGACUCUAUCAUCGAUGGAUUGGCUGACAGUAUUCUCUCAGACAUUAAUGCACCCCAUUCUGUCUUUUCGCUUGGAAGCAACAAAUCUCCUCGUUACUGUAUGCUCUAAGUCAGAGCUGGCGCAAAGGCUCAAGCCUCGCGACGUCGCUGACGCUCUGUACUUGUUGUGCAGUUCUGCGUUGCUGGACCCAGAGAUAUUCUCGGACCAGCUUCACAAUCCUGCGACAAGUUGGCAGUGUCACAUUAGCCCGUUAAACCCCGAGGACCCCUGGAACCGAGACGAGAAUGGACAGCGCCUGAUGUCAAAUAGGAUCUUUGGCUACUUGCAGCAGGGUACGCUCAAAGCCGCUUGGUCCCUGCUUGCGACGAAACGGGUCCGCUUCCCCCUUGAUGACCUCUGUAUUCUGAAGCAGAGACCAACCAUCUCCGACUUGCUGCUAGACUGUGUUUUCUUGGAGCCUCCAAGGGGGUUUCUCGAAAGUGAUGCAAGGUCUUAUGCGGCCGAGGCUAUAUGCGCCCUCCUGCGAUGGCCCGAUUACAUCGUACCCGGGGUCUCAACACCAGCCGAGAGAGCUCGCAGUGCCAAGGAUAGGAAAGCGCUAAUUCAGGUGAUGCAGAACUUUACUUCUCGACGUCAUUGGGUAGAGAGGGUUAUUCACGCUUGGAUGAGCACCGAGAACACUGAAGAUGCCGUUGGACUAGAGCGUCAACUUUCCGUCGCUCACUCGCUCUAUGGCGAAGAUCGCUCCCCGAUCGGUGCUUCAACAUACAAAAAAGUCGGCAGAGGGAUCGCAACACUGACGCACGGUGCUGACGCCGCCGGUAUAAAGAACGGGGACAUAUACUCCUUAUUGCCCAUUGCGUACCAGUCGAGCUACAAAGAAGCUCACAAAAUUGAAGAAGAAGGAAGCGUGUGCGAGUGGCCUUCGUGGACCAGAUCAAGCAUACAUCCGAACCCGGGAUUCGAUCCAUUUUACAUCGCCCCCGAGAGCGUGUUGGGUCCUAUUACUCUAGCGCGCCUGCUGACCGUCCUCGCGCAGAGAAACGCUCUCAACAGCAUACAAACACUCCAGAAGGCUCCCGCCGGUCUGUCUAGCACGACUUCCCUCGAGCACAUCCAGCAAAUAACACACCCGGACGUUAUCCGUCGCUUCCUCAAGAUAUCACUCAAACGAAUUCGGAGCCGUCUGCGCGAGGGCGACGACAUCUACGGGUCCACUGAAGAUGACUACUAUUUUACGAUGUUCCGAGCCAGCCACGUUUAUCAAAGUGCUGCAGAACUUGCAGCGGCUAUGGUUGCAUUCGACGAGAACACGGGCGGCGCGUACUCCAAGGACGUGGUUGGAGUGCGACACUUGCUCGCGGAGUCCCUCGGCCUGGUGACUGAGGCAUCGCUAGAAGUCGAAGAGUACUGGCGCGCUUACUUUUGCGGGCUGGCGGCGGUAGACUUGGCAGAAAGCUACGCUGGAAUUCCAGAAGAACGCGUGGACCUUAGGCUCAAACUCAAGUGGAGGAAAUGGACCGAGGACGCGAAGAACGCGGCCGGUUUCUGA